CCCCGGACGGGGGCUCGGUGGGGGUUCCCGGGGAAUGUGGAGAGCGGGCGGCAUGUCGGCGGAGCUGGGAGUCGGGCUCGCCCUGCGGGCAGUGAACGAGCGCGUGCAGCAGGCGAUGGCGCGGCGGCCGCAGGAUCUCCCAGCCAUCCAGCCCCGGCUAGUAGCAGUCAGCAAAACCAAACCUGCAGACAUGGUGAUUGAGGCCUAUGGUCACGGCCAGCGCACUUUUGGGGAGAACUAUGUUCAGGAGCUACUAGAAAAAGCAUCAAAUCCUAAAAUUCUGUCUUCAUGUCCUGAGAUAAAAUGGCACUUCAUAGGCCACCUACAGAAACAAAAUGUCAACAAACUGAUGGCGGUGCCCAACCUGUUCAUGCUAGAAACUGUGGAUUCCAUGAAGCUGGCAGACAAAGUGAACAGCUCGUGGCAGAAAAAAGGUUCUCCUGAAAGGCUCAAGGUUAUGGUCCAGAUUAACACCAGUGGAGAGGAGAGUAAACAUGGCCUCCCACCUUCAGAGACAGUAGCCAUGGUGGAACACAUAAACGCCAAGUGCCCCAGCCUGGAAUUUGUGGGGCUGAUGACUAUUGGAAGCUUUGGACAUGAUCUUAGUCAAGGCCCAAAUCCAGACUUCCAGGUGUUGGUGUCCCUCCGGGAGGAGCUACAUAAACAGCUGAACAUCCCUCCUGAGCAAGUUGAGCUGAGCAUGGGCAUGUCCGUGGACUUCCAGCAUGCGAUUGAAGUAGGAUCUACAAACAUCCGAAUAGGAAGCACCAUUUUUGGAGAGCGCGAUUACUCAAAGAAACCCGUCCCAGACACGUCCGCGGCAGACCUGAAGGCCCCGGUGGAGGUGACACAGGCACACUGAGCCAGCGGGCGGCCAGCAGCAGCUCCCUGGCUGUGGGCCUGUCCCGGAAGACUAAUUAUGCACUCACCUGGGUUUUCAUUCUGAUAUCCCCUGGGUCACAGCACAGCCAUGCGCUCUGAUCUGCAGGGCCUGAGGACCAGGUGUGUUGGUGGAAACCAUCUGUACUCAGUGUCUGACAUAAGAAGCUUGCUUCACAUAGUGGCUUUGGAUUGGAUCUGAGAAACCCAUCAUUUCUGCAGAACAGAUACCAAAUCAGUAGCCAGGGAGUGAGUUCAGUAUUGAAUCCUGAGCCAGGGCACCAGGCCAACGCAUGAAUGCCUUUCCCAGGUUUAAAUUUGGCCACUGAUGCCUGUAGUCACCAAAGUCAGAAGGACUCCCAUUUGUCAUUGACUUACUCCCUGUGGUUACCAGCUGCACACAAAGCCCUGCUGAGAAAUCAUCUCUGCUGCUCUGGAGCAAGGUGAUUUUUGCCCCCAAUAUCCACUCCACCCAGUAAAUAUUUGUCUGCACUCUGGGGUGGCAGGUCGGGUAACUUGAGGAACCAGCUCAGGUUAAUUCUCCAAACCAAGAUUGUUGUGGGUGAGAGUUUGUGUCAUGGGCCACCCAGCAGUAGUGACCCUGAAAAUGGCAGGUAGCACAAAUGGGUGUUCCCAACACCCUCCUGAUGAGACAGGACUUUGAGCUUUUCCCCCAGGUCCCACAGCUAUGAGAAUUUAAUGAUAGGAUUUCUCUUUCACUGUGAUCCUCUUUAGGGUGAUUUCUUAUCAAAGACCAGUGAAAUCUCGUAGUUCCCCAGAAAUGAAAGAUUCCUUCAAGGCUGGUUCAGGCUCACAGUUUCAGAGAGGCCUGGCUCUGAGGCUCCUGUUGCUGAGGACGCUCCCAGGCAUGUGGGUGUGCUGCCCCACCACCUGCCCGCUGUAUUUACAGGCCAGAAUUGUGCAACUCUUCUCAGUUGUUACUCAAGUAGCAAGAUCUUCAAAAACCAGAAAGCACAAUCCUCAGACAGUCAGGACAGAUGACUUCAAUCUGGGUGGUGGUUUAUUUUCUAGCUGUUUUUUUCUUAUUUAUUCAAGCCCCACUCUUUAAUUUUAUGAAAUAACUUUCAGAACAUGACACCGCUGCUGAAUGUAAUUUUGUAAAACUUAAACCAUUAUGAUUCCUGGACUGUUUCAGUCAAACUAUAAUGUGAUAUUUCAGAGUCUAUUUAAUAAAAAUGUGAUUUUGAAUUAUACCAUCUGCA